UUAGAAACGCCGUCGUCGUCGCCUCGCGCACUGGGUGCGUGCACGCCGCGAGGGGCCGCUGCAAACGCUCAGCGCUGUGCCCGGCGCGUUGCGCAUUGGUUCACCGCAGCGUUCCCGAGGCUUCGUAGCGUCGUUUGACAGCCGAACAUCGCUUCCAGCAACUACUGAGGCGACUCAAAGGCCUCCCCGUUUUUGUCUGCACCACACUGUUCUGACCCAACCGUCAAGACCACCAGCAGCCCUAGAUCGCGAUGGAUGAGUUCACGCCGUUCGAGACUCACCUCGACUCGCAGCAGUCGUCGCUGCCGUCUCAGCAGCAGCAGAAGCUCGGCAGCUCCAUGGACGACCUGUUCAAUGGACCGAACCUGAUCUGUGGUGGCGGCGGCACAUCGUUGGAGGGAGACAUAAACCUGCUGGAAGGAUCGGCCAGCCAGUUUCCCGCUGAUCUGCCCCCGGGCAGUUUCUCUGUGGACGACAUCACGAGCCCCGACGCACCUUCGAGGCCGCCAGCUGUGCCCAAGGAUGAGCCGGAGACCAUACGCAAGUGGCGCGAGGAGAUGCAACGGCACCUGAAGGAGAAGGACGCCCAGGAAGAAAUCAAGAAGGAAGAGUUGCGCCUGAACGCGCAGCGCGAGCUCUCGGACUGGUACGCGCGCUACAACGAGUCCGUGACCAAGUGCCGCACCGCCAACCGGUCCGCGAUACUGACUGACUGGCUGCCUGGCGCUGGAACCAGGGACGGUGGGCCCAUGCCAGACAGGGUGCCCGAGUGGGAGAACAUCGCGCGCCUCUGUGACUUCAACGCCAAGGCGUCGCGCAAUGCGAAGGAUGUGUCGCGCAUGCGCGCCAUCAUCCUGCAGCUCAAGCAGAGCCCGCCACCAGGCGCUCUGGGCGUCAUCUCGCCGGUCAUCUCGAUGUGAUGGGCGGCGAAACGCCGGCUUCUGUAGCGAAGCAUGCUGCUGGUCUCCACUCGUGAGCAUGCUGCGGCUAUUGGAGCAGCGUGGCUUCCGCGUUCCUGCCACCACAGCAGACGAGAGCACUGCGAUCGGCUGGUUCAUUGUUUUGUCCACGCUUGGAAAAAAUAAAGAUGGGUUUGAAAGU